CCUGUAGUUUGGUAUGCAUACCCUACAACCACUUAACUGUAUGAUGUGCCUACAACGGAUAGCCUACUGUAGGCUAACUUUAUACAGCGGCACCUUCGCAUUUCGCAAACUGCUUGACAACUUGUAGCAAGUCACGGGACGGUUUGCUUAGAGAGUUGCUCCGAUAUCGUAUGACAGGAAACUAGAGUCACUCCAAGCCAAACUGCGAACUGACUCAACGUUCAUUCGGAAUCUACACCUAAUUUCGUUGGACUACAUUAUUCCGAAUGAUAACCUAUUUUGCACGUUUUGGGAACUUUUAUUUUAGCCUACUUGCCUUGAACUGAGUUUCGUUGUAGCUCAGGUCGAUAAUGAAAGGAGUACCGUUUCGUUUCUACUCUGGGAUGAAGCUGGAGUUGAUGUGACAGUGAAGUAUUAUGGAAAUAAACGGUCUUUAACCUAGCACACUUUCUUAACCUUACUGGCCAAAACAUUUUCUCUGAAUCGAGUUUUGGCUUCUCAGUGGCAGGGGAGGCAGAAGGAUCAAAUUCGUGACUAUAGCCUACCAAACAUUAAAAUGGAAACGGAACCUCUACUAUCUGGGAGCAUAAAUCGGGUUUCGGACGAUUACGGUUCUCAGCCUUGCAGUGGGCACCACGGUGGGGAAAUUCCGAAAACAAGACGGCUAUCUUACUCGGUGACCCGAGAUUCUUGUUGCUACGAGGGUGAUAAUGAGGAUCUGUAUGUCCAGCAAGCAGUCGUGUUUAUUGAAGAUGCCAUACAGUAUCGAUCCAUCAACCAUCGAGUGGAUUCGAGAUCACUACGGUUUUACAGAUGGUACUACUCCUGGCUCUGGCAAUGGGGGUUGGGCGUUGUCAUCGCGGUCGUCCUGGCACUGGCCUUCAUCGAGAGACCCUCCUCCCUGACCCUCACCUCGGACCCGCGCUUCAAGCAGCGCCCCUGGGAGCCCCCCUGCGGCCUCACCGAGAGCGUGGAGAUGGCCUGCCUCGUCGUCUUCGCCCUCGACCUUGCCGUCAAGAGUUAUCUGAUUGGCUGGGAGGAGUUCCGGAAGAACAAAUGGCUGAUUGCUUACAUCGUGGUCAUCGCAGGAUCAAUCAUUGAUUGGACCUUAUCGAUGAGCAUGGCUUGUGAUGAGAAUUUAAGAAUCAGAAGACUUUUCAGACCAUUCUUCCUGCUUCAAAACUCAUCACUGAUGAAGAAAACUUUAAAAUGCCUCAAGAGGACUCUGCCGGAAAUCGCCAGUGUGAUUCUACUCCUGGCUCUCCACCUAUGCCUGUUCACCAUGUUUGGAAUGUUGCUGUUCGCCAGAGGGGAGAAUUCAGAAGAAAAUGGAGAGUGGGAAACAUAUUUUAAAGAUUUACCUCAGUCUCUUUCCUCUCUGCUGGUUCUGCUCACCACAGCCAAUAACCCUGAUGUGAUGAUUCCAGCCUAUUCUUUAAAUAGAGGAUACUCAGUCUUCUUUAUUCUCUUCAGUGGCUUUGGAACAUACUUCCUAAUGAACCUUCUGACCGCUAUUAUAUACAACCAGUUCAGGGGAUAUUUACUGAUGUCCAUCCAGACCUCCAUCCUGAGGAGGCGGCUGGGAAUCCGGGCAGCCUUCGAGGUGAUGUGCUGCAGAGGCCAGGUCAAGCCCAGCCUGGGGAGCCAUGUUGAACAGGUGCAGGUGGAAGUAGUACUGCAGGUGAUGAGGCUGGUCCAGAUGAAGUCCUACUGCAGGCAGGCCAUCAUUGUGAAAGCUCAGCAACACUCGAAUGGCUAUAUCCAGGGAGAGGCUUUCCAGAAGCUGUUUGAUGAACUGGACAAGGACAGGAUCAAAGAGCACCCUCCGAUGCCAGCGUACGGCUCUCCGGUCCUCCAGAAGAUGCAGGUUGUUUUCAGCCAUUACUUUGUGACGGUGGCAGGGAACGCCGUCGCCCUGGCCAACGUCAUCUGCAUCUGCACUAUCCUGGUGAUGGACUCCAAUAAGUCUAUUGCAGAGCGGGAUGACUACUAUCUGGAGGCGAUCAACUGCUUCUUCAUUGUGUAUUACCUGCUUGAGAUGGUGCUGAAGAUCUUUGCCUUUGGGUGGAGAGGCUACCUGUCCUACAGAAGCAACAUCUUCGAUGGGCUGCUGACGGUGCUUCUCUUAGUUUUCCAGAUUUCCAUAUUUGCCACAUACAGACUGCCUUAUCCUCAGUGGAACCCCGCCACACGAGGCUUCCUGUCUCUGUGGGAAAUGGUGCGUUUGGUCAACAUGCUGAUCGUCUUCCGCUUCCUCAGGAUUAUCCCCAACAUCAAGCUGAUGGCUUUGGUGGCCAGCACCCUGGUGGAUCUGGUGAAAAAUCUCCGGGCCUUUGCUGGAAUUCUACUGGUGGUGUACUAUGUGUUUGCUGUCCUUGGCAUUUGGCUGUUCCAGGGAGCAAUCACAGUUCCACCAACAAUGCGGAACUCGUCUACAAUCAAUGGCACCUCUAAUUCCACUGCAGCAUGUGGCUCCUAUGAGCAGCUGGGCUACUGGCCUAACAACUUUGAUGACUUUGCUUCCUCCUUGGUGCUCCUCUACAACAUCAUGGUUGUCAACAACUGGCAGGUGUUCAUGGAUGCAUACUCCAGAUAUACCUCUGAAUGGUCCAAGGUCUACUUUGUUUCCUGGUGGCUAACCUCAUCCGUUAUGUGGGUCAACUUGUUUGUAGCCUUGAUUUUGGAGAACUUUAUCUAUAAGUGGGACAGGAGUCACGCCUGUUCCGUAGCAGAUGUGGAGAGGACCGGAUACCAGACCACAGUGCAGCUCAUGUUCAGAGAACACGUACAAGAGCCCACAGAGGAGGAACUUCUCACCAAACUACAGCAGCACCCUCACCUGCACCUCAGCCGAUGACCCUGUUCCAUACACAUACCUGUCCCACACACACAAACACCUGCACCUCAGCCGAUGAAACUGUUCCAUACAUAUACCUGUCCCACACACACAAACACCUGCCCCUCAGCCAAUGACCCUGUUCCAUACACAUACCUGUCCCACACACACAAACACCUGCACCUCAGCCGAUGACCCUGUUCCAUACACAUACCUGUCCCACACACACAAACACCUGCACCUCAGCCGAUGAAACUGUUCCAUACACAUACCUGUCCCACACACACAAACACCUGCCCCUCAGCCAAUGACCCUGUUCCAUACACAUACCUGUCCCACACACACAAACACCUGCCCCUCAGCCGAUGACCCUGUUCCAUACGCACACCUGUCCCACACAUACAAACACCUGCCCCUCAGCCAAUGACCCUAUUCCAUACGCAUACCUGUCACCUGUUUACCCUGUCCCACACUCACCUCCACCUCACCUGUUUACCCUAUCCCACACACACGCGCCUGCACGUCACUUCUUAACCCUAUCCCACACCUCCACCUCACCUGUUUACCCUAUCCCACACACACCUGCACGUCACUUCUUAACCCUAUCCCACACCUCCACCUCACCUGUUUACCCUAUCCCACACACACACCUGCACGCCACCUCUUAAACCUGUCCCAUGCCCCUGCACCUCACCUUCAAGUAUGACUCUAAAACCGACCUAUGCAACACGUGCCAUUGAAAGAUGUAUUUUGAUAACAAGCUAUCUGUCAUAACCACUUGCUGGAUCAUGACGACACCUCUUCCCUUUACCUGGGCUGGCCCACUAAGAACCGAGGGGAUUGGAAGGGCCAGAGAUACAGAGACAGUUGGCUCACAGCUAGCAUUAGCAGAGAUGUGCACUGGAACCUGGUAGCCUGCCUACCAUUAGCUGUGCACUGGAAUGCACUAGCCAGCCUGGCGUUAGUGUUAGCGUGAGCGCAGCUCUGCACUGGAAUGCACUUGCCAGCCUGGCAUUAGUGUUAACGCAGCUCUGCACUGGAAUGCACUAGCUAGCCUGGCAUUAGUGUUAGCGUGAGCGCAGCUCUGCACUGGAAUGCACUAGCCAGCCUGGCAUUAGUGUUAGCGUGAGCGCAGCUCUGCACUGGAAUGCACUAGCCAGCCUGGCGUUAGUGUUAGCGCAGCUCUGCACUGGAAUGCACUAGCCAGCCUGGCGUUAGUGUUAGCGUGAGCGCAGCUCUGCACUGGAAUGCACUAGCCAGCCUGGCGUUAGUGUUAACGCAGCUCUGCACUGGAAUGCACUAGCCAGCCUGGCGUUAGUGUUAGCGCAGCUCUGCACUGGAAUGCACUAGCCAGCCUGGCAUUAGUGUUAGCAUGAGCGCAGCUCUGCACUGGAAUGCACUAGCCAGCCUGGCGUUAGUGUUAGCGUGAGCGCAGCUCUGCACUGGAAUGCACUAGCCAGCCCGCUGUUAGCAUGAGCACAUUUGUGCACUUGAUUACGUGCUCCUGGGCUGUGGUAUGCUGUAGGUGGCUCAGGGUUGGUGUUAGCCUGACUAUGGGAUGACUAAAAUUGUAGUUUUCUGUUGUGAUCUGACACUACAGACCAAAACCUGAUUUUGUGGAAAACAUGCAUUUAGGCCAACAGUUGCCUCAGCAUUUACUAUAUCAGACAUAUUCAUUAUGGCACAGAUGCUUGUGUUAAUACAGGAAGUGGCAGAGAUACUUGUGUUAAUACAGGAGGAGGCAGAGAUGCUUGUGUUAAUACAGGAGGGGGCAGAGAUGCUUGUGUUAAUAAACAUAUACAGACAUAUACAGCCACGUGUCAGCAUACAUUAUAUAAUAUUCAGUUAUAUAUAAAUUUAAUUGUAAUGAGUGUGUGAAUUUAGGCCAAAGUUGUGUUGUUAUUUUGAUGACAGUAUUUUCAAACGUUGUAACUUUGUAACAUUUUGGUCUUCUUUUGUAAUGUUGCAAAGUUUUUCUCUUGGAUGGUCUUAAAGGUUUCAUUUUAGGUAGAAAAAGGGAAGUUUAAGAUGUGUGCGGAAACACAAAGGGAAGCCACUGAUGUUUAAAUGUGGGCUCUACUGAUGCACAUAGAUGGACAUCUCUUGGGUGUUCUACAUGUGUGUCAGAAAUGCUGUGUUUUUUUAUUGUGUAAUUUCCUGAUAUGUAUUCUUUUGUAUUGUGCAACUUGCAGAAAGGUAAUGUUAUGUUGUGUAGUUUGCUGAAAUGUUAGCAUAUAUUUUUUAUAAACCUGUGAGAAAAAGUAUUAGAAAAUUAUAUUGAAUAUUCAGCUUUUAUUUUAUGCUGUUUUGAAUUGUGUUAUACAGUCCCCUCCAAAGGUAUUGGAGCAGCAAGGCCAAUUCCUUUGUUUUUGCAAUACACUGAAUACACUUGGGGUUGAGAUAAAAAGAUGAGCAUGAGGCAAGAGUUCAGAAUUUCGGUUUUUAUUUCCUGGUAUUUACACCUAGAUGUGUUAAACUACUUAGAACAUAGCACCUUUGGUAUCAGACCACCCAAUUUUUAGGUGAGCAAAAGUAUUGGAACAGAGAGUAUUUAAGUAAAUGAAAGCAAAUAACAGUUAAUAUUUGGUAGCAUAUCUCUUGCUUGCAACAACUGCAUCAAGCCUGUGACCCAUUGACAUCACCAAACUGUUGCAUUCUUCUUUUGUGAUGCUUUUCCAGGCUUUUACUGCAGCCUCGUUCAGUUGUUGUUUGUUUUGGGGGUUUUUUCCCUUCAAUCUCCUCUUCAGGAGGUGAAAUGCAUGGUCAGUAGGGUUAAGGUCUGGUGAUUGACUUGGCCAGUCUAAAACCUUCCACUUUUUCUCCCUAAUGAAAUCCUUUGUUGUGUUGGCAGUGUGUUUUGGGUCAUUGUCUUGCUGCAUGAUGAAGUUCCUCCCAAUUAGUUUUGGACGCAUUUCUCCGUAAGAUGGCAGACAGAAUGUUUUUGUAGACUUCUGAACUCAUCCUGCUGCUACCAUCAUGAGUUACAUCAUCAAUAAAGAUUAGUGAGCCCACUCCAGAAGCAGCCAUGCAAGCCCAAGCCAUGACACUUCCUCCACCAUGCUUCACAGAUGAGCUUAUAUGUUUUGGAUCAUGAGCAGAUCCCUUCUUCCUCCACACUUUCCAUCACUUUGGUAGAGAUUAAUCUUGGUCUCAUCAGUCCAUAAAACUUUGUUCCAGAACUUUUGUGGCUCAUCUCUGUACUUCUGUGCAAAUUGUAAUCUCGUCUUCCGAUUCUUACUACUGAUGAGUGGUUUGCAUCUUGUGGUAUAGCCUCUAUAUUGCUGCUCUCUAAGUCUUCUUCGAACAGUUGAUUGAGAUACCUUCACUCCUGUCCUGUGGAGAUUGUUUGUGAUGUCACUGACUGAUGUUUUGAGGUUUUUCUUCACAGCUUCCACAAUGUUUCUGUCAUCAACUGCUGUUGUUUUCCUUGGUCGACCUGUUCGAUAUCUGUUGCUCAGUACGCCAGCGGUCUCUUUCUUUUUCAGGACAUUCCAAGUUAUACAAGCUAUCCCCAAUGCUUGUGCAAUGGCUCUGAUCGAUUUCCCCUCUUUUCUAAGCUUGCUUUUCUCCCAAAGACAGCUCUCUGGUCUUCAUGUUAGUUUAUCUUUUAUAGCACAAAUGCCGUUUUCACAGGCAAAACUCAAGGCUAAAACCAAGAGCAGACAUUCAGAACUAUUUAUUGUUUAACCGAUCAAUCUAACAGGACACAUCUGGGCAACAAGAAACACCUGUCAGUCACAUGUUCCAAUACUUUUGCUCACCUAACAAUUUGGUUGUCUGAUACAAAAGGUGAUAUGUUCUAAGUUGUUUAACAAAUCUAGAUAAAAAUACCAGGAAAUAAAAGCUGAAAUUUGGAUCUGUCAUCUCAUGUACAUCUUUUGACCUCAAACUCAAUUGUCUUCAGUGUAUAGCAAAAACAAAGGAAUUGGCCUUGCUGUUCCAAUACUUUUGGAGGGGACUGUAAAUGAUGUGUUAAUAAUGCUAUGUAUUUUAAAUACGAGUUAUUUCAAAGUGCAAAAAUGAAUGUAGUUUAUUGUAAAAUAUGUUUUUUCUGUUACUAUGCCCAUGUAAUACUUCGCUGGCAGAUACAGUUGUGAUUUCUCCUAGUGAGACCCAAUCUCCAACCGUUCCACAGUAAAAAUAUACACCUGUAAAA